AUGGAAGGCUGGUCUCUCCAAGGUCGGAAUUUCCUGGUGACAGGAGGCACAAAAGGCAUUGGUUUGGCGACGAGCAAGGCGCUUCUAGCUCAUGGGGCUGCUGGUUUGAUUGUGUGUUCCAGAGGACCAUCUCCCGAAGUAGUGUCUUCCCUCCAGAGUGACUAUUCGGAUCGAACCAUUGUCCAUGUCCAGUGCGACGUGUCAACACCCGAAGGAAGAACGGCUCUGGUUAACGCCACCAAGAAAACCUUUUCUUGUCUGCAUGGACUCGUCAACAAUGUCGGAAUCAAUAUUCGCAAAGAUAUUUCGGAACAAACACCCGACGAGUAUCAUUCCAUCAUGACGACCAAUGUCGACUCGGCCUAUUUCUUGUCCAAACUACUAGCGGACGUCUUUGCCACUACCGAUGGAGCCACUAUUGUCAAUGUAUCCUCCGCCGCUGGACUCCAGAGUUCCGGCACGGGCGCUGCCUAUGGUCUCAGCAAGGCCGCGCUGAACCAUUUGACGCGAAUAUUGGCGUGUGAAUGGGCGACGCGCAAAAUUCGGGUCAAUGCCGUCUGUCCCUGGAUGACCAUGACACCCAUGUUGGAAGAUGCCAUCAAGACAAAUCCCAAUCAACUCGAUAAAGUCAAAGCGUGGACACCCAUGCAUCGAUUGGCACAACCGGAAGAAAUUGCCGCUCCCAUUGUCUUCUUGUCGCUACCGGCCAGUUCGUACAUUACCGGACAGGUACUAGCGGUCGAUGGUGGUCUCACCAGUCAAGGAUUUGAUGGACCCUGUGUCACGCCGUCGUGA